UUUGCAAAAGUGUGUGCUCCCCGUUUAUCAUCCGUCCUUUGAUGCAACAUAUGCAGAAUCAUGCCGACUUGUUGCAUCAAAAAUUGUAAAAGUCGCACCGGUGGAGCUACGAAAACGAAAGACAUCAAAUUUUUUCCAUUCCCGCAAAAUCCUGCAUUAAAAAAGAAAUGGUUCGAAGCUUGCCACCGAGAAGAAGAAAAUUUAAACGUGAACAGCGCAAGAAUAUGUGAGCUACAUUUCUCUUCGGACUGCAUGGAAAAGAAAUGGACAAAGCCACGUACGCCGAAUACCAAGGCUCGAUUAAUGAAUCGAUUGAAGACUGGUUCGAUUCCAACGCAAUUGCUCGAUUUACCAAAGCAAGAUACAAAUAGAAUUAACAGGUGCAGUACAUUGGAAGGUGAUGAAACAGAACCCAUGACGAAAAACAUCUGUCGUACUGGAAUCCCAACGUACGAAGAACUUGUAGCUUGUGCGAGAAAUAAUAUUGUCAAGAGGCAUGCCACAUCUGCCGAAACUUCCACACAUAUGGAAUGUAACAGAAAAUGUACAGAAAGCUCACCGUUAGGAUGGAACCAUGUAGAUGUGCGUGAACCGGAAACGGAAAUUGAAAAGCUCCAACGGCGCUUGAAGGAAGCUGAAGAAAGAAAUAGGCUACUGUUAUUGGAAAAUAAGCAGCUUAGAAAAGCAUGGGAAAUGAAAUCCAAUGAUCUUGAAGCCAUGAAGAAAAAUGAACAAAGAAUUGGCCAGGAUACUGCUGCUGAUAUAUUACAUGCCGUAUUUACACCGGGCCAAGUAAAAAAAUUGAUGGCGCCGAACGCUAAGAGAAUUAAAUGGUCAGCAGAUGACAUUUCUUCUGCUAUUGCCGUUCGGUCAUUGAGUGGUAAAACGUACAAAUAUUUACGUGAAGUUAAGCAGUUACCGCUACUUUGCGAGUCCACUCUGCGGAAUUGGGCAGCAUCAUAGAUAUCCACACUUAGGAGUUCCAACGCAUACAUUAAUUCCGUCGGGUGACUGGCUGUCUUGUAUAUCAAAAGGAAAUUGUAUUCAACUUUCAAAAGAUUUUGAAAAUAUAGGAAAAAUUAUGAAUGCUGAAUUCUUAGCAUUCCAUGGUAAUGGACUCUCGAGGAAAUCUCUUAUUUUCGACAGAGUAACGGACCGCGUGUUGAAAAAAAUAAAUAAUUCUCUGCCAAGGAAUGUGUUAGCAUGUCUAGUUCGAACAAGAACAUACAUUCGAUUAAGGCACAUGAAUUUAGAAAUAAAAAGAAAGAAUACUGCUAAAAAAGUCGGGAAAAAAACAAAACAUAUAUGCAAUAAAGUUUAUAUUUAAAUUGA